CUGCCGGGGUACUCAGCGACAGGUGAUCGCUCUGGGGUCUUUCAUCUCAUUCUUUAACCAUCUUAUACUUACUCUACAGCUCAUAGUACUCCCAUAACCGAGUAUCAUUCCGGUACAUAUCAGUUCACUUAGUGUCCGCCGGGAUCGUCUCGGACUCCACCAAAUCCUUUCUCCGUCGUUUUCGCAGUCCCUCUACGGAGCACCGUACACUUGCCUUGGGAUUUUCCGCAUAUCCUUACGACCAUUCCCUGUCACAGGCUUAUCAGCAGCUUAUUUUUCUGCCAUGGCUGACGACGAUCGCCGUAAGCGUUCCCGUUUCGACCAGACGGAACCAGAGCCCCGACGCCCGUCGCGUUUCGACCGUCGUUCUCGAUCUCCCUCGUCUCGACAAUCCGAAACUACUCGCACUCGCAGCCCUCUAAGUCGCGAACCUGGAAGCCCUGGUGCAGACACGGGAAAGAAAUCUAGUGGAGACCCUGCCGCAGCCGCAGCUGCCGCCGCGGCCAAGAUCAAUGCUCAGUUGCAGGCAAAGAAGGGUAUUCAGCAUGUCGAUGUGCCUCCAAUUCGCUCGACGUCGAGUCCCGCACCGCAAUCCGCCUCGCCGUCGAACGUUGAUGCUUCCGGAAAGCUGAAUGCUGAAAUCUACGUUGCUGACGGAGACUAUAUCAAGGAUAUCGAGAUCAAUGACUUGCGCAAUCGCUACACUCUCACAAAAGGCUCUACUCAAAAGAUGAUUAAAGAUGAAACUGGCGCGGAUGUCACGACCCGAGGCAAUUAUUAUCCGGAUAAGAGCUUGGCUACUGCCGCGAAUCCCCCUCUGUUCCUUCAUGUGACGAGUACGAACAAGGACGGGCUCGAAAAGGCCGUUGAAAUCAUCGAUGAUCUCAUGCAGAAGGAACUCCCGAACCUGGUCGAUGAACGACGAUUCCGUCGACGUGAGCCACCGGAGCCAGUGGAACGUGAUGAAUAUGGUCGUCGCAAAUGGCCCGAAGAGCGUAUUCCUGUUGACCUUGAACCGAUUCCCGGAUUCAACCUUCGCGCCCAAGUAGUCGGACAGGGCGGUGCUUAUGUGAAGCAUAUCCAGCAAAGAACCCGCUGCAAGGUCCAAAUCAAGGGCCGCGGAUCUGGCUUCAUUGAGCACAACACCGGCAGGGAAAGUGAUGAGCCGAUGUAUCUACACGUGGCUGGACCCGAUCCCAACGAUGUCAAUACCGCAAAAGAGCUCUGCGAUGACUUGCUCGCCAAUGUCCGUGAACAGUACCAACGGUUCAAGGAAAACCCGCCCCAGCACAACUACGGUGGUGGCUAUGGUCAGCGAGGAGAUCGUCACCAUGGUGGACAGGGUGGACAGGGUGGAUACGGCGGUGGUGGUUAUGGCGGCUACAACAACCAUCACCAACAACAAUACUCGCCAGCCACGGAAAGCCCAUCCGGACAGGCCACCCCUGCAGCAUCCACCGCCGGUGCUGGUGUUGGUGCUGGUGCUGCUGCCAGCGCAGCUGACUACAGUGCGCAAUACGCCCAAUACUACGGAACCGACCCGUACGCUGCAUACGGCGGUUACCAGAACUAUGUCGCCUAUUAUCAAUAUUACCAACAGUAUGCUCAACAGCAACAGGAACAGCAGCAACAAUCGCAAGGUUCUACCCCACAGCCGCCUCCGCCAUCUGGCGAAGCUCCCCCGCCCCCGCCGCCAGGCUCUGGUUCUCCCCCUCCGCCUCCGCCUGGAGGUGCUGGUUACAGCGCUGUUCCUCCGCCGCCGGGUCUGUAAUUGUACCUUGGAUCUCAUUUGACCCAGGAAGGGUGGAGGCUUGCUUAGAACGGGUGGCUUUGUGUUAUGGUAGAUUUGCGGGCAUGGUUCGUCAAAGAACUAUAUGUGGACAUGCUGAUUCUGAAGACCCUGAGGG